CCCCGCAACAUCAAAACCCGCGAGCGCGCUUCUCCACUGAGACGAGACCGCCCUUGAAGCAAGAGCAUCUGUAAGCUCGAUCGUCUUCCCCCUCCUCAUCGGACCGAUCGAUCGAUCGAUCGAGCGAGAGCGAGCGAUCGGCGCAAAUGGAUCCGUCGCACCUCGGCGCUGUUCCCGAGGACGGCGCCUCGGAAGAGCGAGGCCAGCCUCAAGGCCAGCCGUCCGCCUUCGCUACUCCUCCGCUUCGCCCUCCUUCUCAGAGUUCUCAGAAGAAGUACUCGCCCGUCGACUGGAACGAGUAUUUCGACCGGGAGGAGGAUGUUGUCAUCCCGGAAUCGAAUGACAGUUUCCAUGUUUAUCUGGCUGGGGAAGAAGGACCGGUAGUGCUUUGCCUUCACGGAGGUGGCUACUCCGGGCUUUCAUUUGCAUUAUCUGCUAGUAAAAUCAAGGAGAAAGCCCGUGUGGUUGCAGUGGACUUGCGAGGACAUGGAAAGUCCUGCUCAGAAAAUGAACUUGACCUAUCAAUUGAGACUUUAUGCAAUGACGUUCUAGCUAUUGUAAAGAGAAUGUAUGGAGAGUCCCCACCAGCAAUCGUGCUCGUCGGCCACAGUAUGGGAGGCUCUGUAGCUGUUCAUGUCGCUGCAAAGAAAGCACUUCCUACCUUGGCUGGGCUGGUUGUUGUGGAUGUGGUGGAGGGUACAGCCAUGGCUUCAUUGAUUCACAUGCAGAAAAUCCUAUCAGGCAGGAUGCAGCAUUUCUCUAGCAUUGAGAAAGCAAUUGAAUGGAGUCUGAAAGGUGGCUCUUUAAGAAACAUCGAGUCAGCUCGAGUAUCGGUUCCCACCACUUUGAAGUAUGACGACUCAAAGAACUGUUACAUGUACAGAACACGGCUUGAAGAAACAGAACAAUAUUGGAGAGGCUGGUAUGAAGGCCUUUCAGAAAUUUUUUUAUCAUGCCCAGUCCCAAAACUCUUGCUUUUAGCAGGAACCGAUAGACUGGAUAGAUCUCUUACAAUAGGUCAGAUGCAAGGAAAGUUUCAAAUGGUGGUUGUCAGGCAUACUGGCCAUGCCAUUCAGGAAGAUGUACCUGAUGAAUUCGCUAGCCUGAUUCUUAAUUUUAUCUCUCGCAACAAAAUAGGCCCUCAUGGUGUCCAGAUCCCAGGGAUUCGGUCUUGGAAAUCUUGAAUAGAGAGUGCCUUCAGUGCAAUAAACCUUGUGGUACAAAAGAGCUACAUAUCACGCUUCAUCUUGAGUUUAUUCCUAUUCGCUCUGUUCUUUGGCGGAAAUGGGAAAGGCGGCUCAUUUGGAGGUUAACUUGCAUAGACUGAGGAGAUCAGUAUUACUGGUCUCAUCACUUCAUCUCCAUUAGUGAUGGCUCACAUCCGGGAGUUUUUUUUUUUUUUUUUUUUUUUGAGAUGCCUCAAAUAAUUCAAACAUGGAGUUUUUCCAGUGUGUCAGUGCCUGGUUCUUGUAAUCCUAGUAAAUGAAGGCUGCAGUUUCUAGCUCAUGUUCUGUGCAUGAGCUUCUCUACUUGGUAUUUAGUCGGGAAGUUCGAUAACUGCGUCCGUGUUUGGGGAUUUCAUUGGUCUCAUCGCUUGCUUUAACAAUAUGCUCUGCCUGUUCCACUGAUAUUGCGCUGCCAUGGCAAUGUCCUCUUUUUGUUA